AGAAUACUUACGUAGUGGAAAGUGCUGACGAUGGUAUGCAGCAAGGUGGUCACGACAGUGGAAGUGAUUGUGAGGGGAAGAAUACGAAGGAAAACAACAACCGAUGCGAGACCUUGAACGAGAUUCUACAACGCAGUAGUUUCGCCAAAAAUCAUGUCAAGCGACGCACAAAUGGUUACAUCAUCAAUGGCCCGAGGCUGCCGAAAAUCCGAGCUAACAUCAAAUACUCCGCAAAUGAUUCAUGCGAACCGGAAAAUUAUUGUCUACCCUUCAAUAAGAUCAAAUCAAUAUGUAAUGUAGAUCAAAAACUAGAGCUCUACCGUCGUAAAGGACCCUGCUGUGACGACGACAGUUGUGGUCCCAUUGCACCACCAUUGCCGGCGCGGGAUAUACGAAACUGCUGCCUACAAGUAGAUCCUCAAGAUAUUAAAGACACUUUGAAGGGCAUAAACACAGAUACCAGAAAAAAGGGUAUUGAGGUAUGCUACAGAACAUGUGAAGAUACCGAUAGCGACGUCUUUCUGGUGAAAUUAGGCAAUAAGCAGCACUAUCGCCCUAAGCGAAAUACCAUCGAAAUCGAAUUGAAGACACCGAAACAGCCAAUUAUACUGCCCAAACAGAAAAUGACCACAGAGACGCAGAUCACCGAUAAGGAGCUGGACGAAGCGCUCGCUGCCUUGUGCGCUGGUAAUAAGAAAAAGGGAAAGAAAGGGAAAAAGGGAAAGAAGACGAAGUAAUAAACUAGAAAAUUUCUAAAUAUUUCGCGCUAAAAUCAAAAUGUAAUUAAAUUUAAUUUAUUGUAUUUUCUUUAAAUCAAUAAUUAUCAAAUUUACUAUCAAAAACAAAAACAAAUACUCAUAUCGUAGCUAGCAUGUCAAACGUAUCGCAUGUGUGUUUCAGGAGAGCAAAGAAACUGCUGUAA